GAAAGAGGUGUGGUCUGGUGGGUGUGGUCAUCUUAUAAAACAAGAUGGCUCUCAGCACUAAAGAGUUAUCAAACUUAUUAACUAUACUAGCGGUUGAUAAUGUCUCCUCUAAUAAUCUGGAGACUAUUGCCACAGCAUUUCAUAGAAACUUCAGCAGAUUCGAUCACUUCAGAGUAGGGACUGCACUGACAUUGUUGCUCCAACAGAAAGACCUGCUACCAGUUGCUGCCCAAAGGAUCGCUGGCCUAUUCCUCCUUUAUGAGCUGUACAGAGGAGAAGCUAAUGGACCAAACCCUUUCAAUAGCUUCUUUCUUGAGUUACUAACUCCGUCCUAUGAAGAUGACCGAGCAGUGAGCGGGGCCCCAGUUGGCCACACCCUCUCACUGACGGAAAGGAACUUCCUCCUUCAGCUGUUGACUCCUCAAACUUUCCGUGAGCUACUCAAGAAGACUCCGGCUAGUCUCUGCAGUUCAGAGUUCAUAGUAUCCCAAGCAUUGGACCCGUCAGUCAUCAUACAAGCAUUCAUUGAUAGCAGUGAAGUAGGCGUGGCUAAAGGUGGUUGUGGUCUAUCUACUGUAAUAGCUGAUCCUGACACUUCAAUUACAAAUCAUCCUGAUGCUAGUAUUGCAGCUCCUACUGCUGAGAACCUGCUCUGUGUUGGUGAUCCAUGGCUGGAGCAACCCUUUGAGCCUAGUUUCAUUAGACCAUUACCUCCGCUUCACUCUUGUACUGAUGAGGUGGUUUGGUUGAACCCGACUGAGAGUCAGUAUACAAUACAGUGGGACAGUAUGAUGGUAGUGUCUGGAACUGAUGAAAUAAAGAAACUAUUUGCAAAGGCUUGCCAAGAAGUUCUGAGUUUACAGGAACAAAAGACUUUAAUUAAUCACCUGGAGACCGACCCUAAACUCAUACAUCAAGAUAUCGGACUCACACCUGCAAAGUUGCCGCAGUUGGUGGAUAAGAAUCCAACGAUCGCCAUAGAAACGAUACUGAAACUGACUACCUCAAGUCAAAUAUCAGAGUACUUUGUCUCUCUUGUUAAUAUGGAAAUGAAUUUACACUCGAUGGAAGUUGUGAACAGGCUAACACAGGCAGUUGACUUACCCCCAGAGUUCCUCCACCUUUAUAUCAAUAAUUGUAUCCAAAGGUGUCGAGAUGUACAGGAUAAAGGAUUGCAGAGUAGACUAGUCCGACUAGUUUGUGUGUUCCUCCAGUCACUGAUAAGGAACAAGAUCAUCAGUGUACAGGAUGAGUCACUGGAGAUACAGACCUUCUGUUUAGAUUAUUCAAAGAUAAAGGAGGCGACUGCUCUCUAUCGACUACUAAAACAACUUGAUGGAGAAGCAACAGCUGCUUCAUCUGGAGCCAAAACAUAAUUGAACACACCCACCACCUGGUAUCAUGACUAUGAAUCACACAAUAUUAAUAACUAAUAACAUUAAUAACUGUUAAUAACUAUUGAGUCAUUGUAAGUUGGGUGGUUUGAAAGAUUGCCAGCAUCUCUCUUUAAA